AGAAAGUAUGGCUUCAAAUCAACCUGUUUCGUAAGCAGUUAUGAAGCGCUUGCAAUGUUCUUGUGGACAUUAGGGGGUUGCGAGUCUAAUAGGAGAACACAAAAUCGUUUCAAGCACUCAGGAGAUACAGUCCACCGGAAGUUUCAUGAGGUUUUACUCUGUGUGGUUAAGAUGGCAGCAGAUUACCUGAAACCUAAGGACCCAAACUUUAGUAGUGUGCACCCAAGGAUUCAAAAGGAUAGAAGGGCUUAUCCACAUCUUAAGGACUGCAUCGGCGCACUAGAUGGUACUCACGUCAGAGCUACCAUUCCUGCUGGCGACCAAGUUAGAUACAUUGGAAGGUCAGGAUCAACAACACAGAAUGUUCUGGCAAUAUGUGAUUUUGACAUGCAUUUCAUGUACACUUCAGUUGGUCAACCCGGCUCUAUGCAUGAUACCAGUGUCUUGUAUCAUGCAAUUGAAGCUGACAAAGAUACCUUCCCUCAUCCUCCAAAGGGUAAGUACUAUCUUGUGGACGCGGGCUAUCCUAAUAGACCUGGAUAUCUCGCACCUUACAAGGGAGAAAGGUACCACGUGCCUGAUUUUCAACGAGGUGUGGCGCCAAGAACACCUAAGGAGAAAUUUAACAAGAUACACUCAUCCAAGCGUAAUGUGAUCGAGAGAGCAUUUGGUGUGUGGAAAAUGAAGUGGCAGAUUCUACUAAAGAUGCCCAAUUAUUCAGUUGAAACUCAAAAGAUGAUAGUGGCUGCCACUAUGACCCUUCACAACUACGUUCGAUAUCUUGAUAAGGGUGAUCUUCACUUUCUUCGAGUCGACAGAGAUCCCAACUAUGUCCCAACUAUCCCUUCAAGGUAUCAACGGUAUGCCAUCCCUCCGAAUGCAUCAGAUGUGUCAACCUCGGAGGCUAGUGAUAAAGACAUGGACCUGUUCCGUAAUAGACUAGCAACUAAUAUUGCUCUUGGUUGGUGACUUCCACUUCUGCUAUAAAUGUGAAACCAUCCGAAGCAGAGUAUAUAUGUUUUUGGUUCUAUUCAAGCAAUCACCAGCAUUGCAUAAAGGUUUUCAUGUGUUGAAUGCAGGACCUCCACUGGACUAGAGUGAUGUCUACAAAGUACAUGUGUUUAUGCUGCCUUUGUUUGUGUUUAUCUUAGGAAAAAAAUCCUAUUUGUUUAUGUUGCUAAAAUCAUGUAAUUUCAGCAAACUCAUGCUGAAGCGUUCUUGUGCG